AUGUUUUUGCAUUUCACCAAUGAGAAUAUAUCUGUUUUUGCUAUUAGCAGGUCUAGACACAGGUGUAUCGUGGAUUAUGUGAAGCAAGAAGAUUCUCCUAAUCCUAUUUGUUUAUGGGAAACGGCCAAGGCUUCUUCUGAAGUUUUACUUCGUGGUCUGGUGGGCGCAGAUGGUCUCUACAAAUUUCCUGUUCCAGCCUUACAAAAUUUCAAGUCCUCACCAAGUCUCAACUCCUGCCUAGCUGAGUCUUCAAAACAGUGUAGUAGUAGUACUUCAAGUAGUGCGCCUCUCAUGUCACCAACUCCUAUUUCUCAAGUCAGUUCUGACCCAUCCAUUUCUGCUACUCCUCUUUCUUCUACUCACAUUCAUUCUACCUCCAAUAGCUUACAUAACAAUGUCCCUGAAUCACCCAACUCAGCUGAGCAGUCCCCUGUUCUGUCUAGUUCUCCCAACACCUCUACAUCCACACCUGCUCUUAUCACUUCUGAUUUAGCAGAAGCAAUUACCAUAUCCCCAUCUUCUUCCCCUGCUAUAUCUCAAUCUUGCAAAGGGAAGAAAUCUCAGGAUCCUCUCAAUAUGGCACUUCUGUCUGUUGGUGGAGAGUGGAAUUAUUUGAGUAGAAAUCACGGUGCAGUGUGGGACACAAGUAGGAUUCCACAAGUGGCAUUACAAUCAAGGUUUUUGGUUACAUCAGGGUAUGAUGCAGAAAUGGAUUUGGGCAGAGAAGAAUUCUUGCUGGAUGACUUACAUGUUGCCGAAGAUCUUGAUGUUUAA